CUACCAGUCUCUGGCCUAACCUAAAUAUUGUCUUUACCUAACCUAACUUAUCCUUAAAUUGGGAAGCUGACAUUGUAAAAUCCGAUAUUUAUUUAUUUAUUCAAAGCAAAUAUCGAAUAUAAAAUACUUUACUGUAAUAUAGAAGAUAAUUUUAAAUAUUGAAAUGGCUGCAAAAAUGAAUAUUCUUGAUCCCCUGUCAUCGGCUAGUUCAGAAAGUAGUGAUGACGGAAUAGAAGUACAGUCUGAAUGUAUUGAAGUUUUUGCUGAUGGAGAAACGGAGGAAGAAAAAAGUCCUGAUUUUUACAACCAUUCGGUUUUUCAGACAACAGUAUCUUUUCAUCCUAGACCCCCAUCCACAGGUUCUCAAAAAUCACCAAAAUGCAGAAGACAGAGAACUACUUCACUGAACCAAUCUUCGAACAAGGGAUCUAAUGAAUCAGUGAUAAGAACUUCUCAUAGAACCAUUUAUACUGCAGGAAGACCACCAUGGUAUAACAGUGAAGGUCAAAAGGUUGAACCAUUUGUGAUUGGUAUUUGUGGAGGAAGUGCAUCCGGUAAAACUACGGUUGCGGAAAAAAUCAUCGAAUCUCUCGGUGUGUCUUGGGUCACUCUUUUAAGUAUGGAUUCAUUUUACAAAGUUCUUACUCCUAAACAACAUGAAGAAUCUCACAGAAAUGAAUACAACUUUGAUCAUCCAGAAGCAUUUGAUUUUGAAAUAUUAUCAGAUACAUUGAAAAAAUUGAAGGAGGGAAGAAAAGUUGAAGUUCCUAUUUACAAUUUUGUAACACAUUCCCGAGAAUCAAGAACAAAAACAAUGUAUGGAGCAAACGUUAUAAUUUUUGAAGGUAUUUUGGCGUUUUACAAUAAAGAAGUGCGGGAUAUGUUGGACAUGAAAAUUUUUGUUGAUACUGAUGCAGAUGUAAGAUUGGCAAGAAGACUCAAAAGAGAUAUUGCUCAACGUGGUAGGGAUUUAGAAGGUGUUUUAAAGCAGUAUAAAGGUAUGGUGCAACCUUCUUUUAAUCACUAUAUUGCACCUCUAAUGGUGUAUGCAGAUAUAAUAGUUCCAAGAGGAGGAGAAAAUGAAGUCGCUAUUCAAUUGAUUGUACAACAUGUUCAUACUCAACUACAGUCGAGAGGAUUAAAAAUUCGUGAAGAAUUAGCUCAAUCUCAUGCCUUCAGUGGCCAACCCUUACCAGACACAGUCAAACUAUUACCUACAACCCCACAAAUAAGAGGUCUACAUACAUUCAUCAGAAACAAGGAUACUGCUAGAGAUGAAUUUAUUUUUUAUAGUAAACGAUUGAUUAGACUUGUAUUAGAAUACACAUUGUCAUUGAUGAAGUUCAACGCAACCAUAGUGGACACUCCACAAGGUGUUACCUAUGAAGGAAAAAGAAUGGCAACAGAUAAAAUUUGUGGGGUUUCAAUUUUGAGAGCUGGUGAAACAAUGGAACAAGCAGUAUGUGAUGUAUGUAAGGAUAUAAGAAUAGGAAAGAUUCUUAUUCAAACUAAUCUCCAAACAGGAGAGCCUGAGCUAUAUUAUUUAAGACUUCCCAAAGAUAUAAAAGAUUAUAAAGUAAUUUUAAUGGAUGCAACAGUAGCCACAGGAGCAGCAGCUAUGAUGGCCAUCAGAGUUUUACUUGAUCAUGACGUUCAACAAAGUAACAUUAUUAUAGUAUCAUUGUUGAUGGCAGAAUCUGGAGUUCAUUCUAUAGCGUACGCCUUUCCAGAUGUUCAAAUUGUGACAACUGCUAUUGAUCCUGAGAUCAACGAAAAAUUUUAUGUAUUGCCAGGUAUUGGCAAUUUUGGUGAUCGCUAUUUUGGGACGGAAUAUAAUUGAUUAUAUUUGUUGUGACUGUGAGUGAUUUUAAUGGAAAUAUACUAUUUUAUUCGCUGUUUUA